CUUCAUCGUUCUUUUGAUGAUCACUUGAGGACCGUAUAUCAUUAAGGAAACUUUAGGAAAGGGAGGCUAUGCCACCGUAAAGAAAGCUCAACAUUCUGAGACAGGAAAAGAAUGUGCUCUAAAGAUUAUGAAGCGCUCUGGAGUUUCAGAAGCGUUCAAGAAGCAAGUUAAGAGUGAGAUUAGUGUGAUGAGAGAGCUUUCUCAUCAAAACAUAAUUAAUAUGAUCGACUACUCUGAGGAAGCACAUUAUGUCCUACCUGAUGGAAGAACAACUGAGGUGUAUUACAUUGCGCUAGAAUUAGCAGAGCAUGGAGAGAUAUUUGACUUCAUAGUUGAGACAGGAAGGCUUCCUGAGUCAAUGGCUCUGUACUAUUUCCAUCAAUUGGUCGAAGCGUUGGAUCACCUUCAUCAAAAAGGAAUUUCUCAUCGGGACAUUAAACCGGAGAACAUAUUGCUAAACAAGAACUUCGAUCUUAAGCUAACAGACUUUGGGUUUGCUGAGUGGAUGGAAGUGAGUGAUGUAAGAAAAGGAACAGAUGGAUACAUGGCUCCAGAAAUGCAUAAUAGCAAAAAUUUCAAAACUCAGCCCCUCGACAUUUUUGCUUUAGGAAUCGUCCUUUUUAUUCUUAUUAAGGGAUCUCCACCUUUUUGUCAGGCAAAGAGUACUGAUCAGCAUUAUAGACUGUUCUGUUCCAAGCCAGAACUGUUCUGGAAGGUGCAUUUUAAAAGAUUCCCAGACUACGAUCCUUCUUCUGAUCUAAUGGAGUUAUUAUCCAAUAUGCUCAACCCCGACGAAGAACGAAGGAUAACUAUCGAGGAGAUUAAGCAAUCAGCUUGGUAUAACCAGCUUCUACCUAGUAGGGAAGAUGCCAUUGUUGAAAUGACAUCUAAAAUACUAGAGAUGCAGGGUGGCCAAAUGAUGGAAGAUUAAAAUGGCUUCCAACUUUUGGUCGAAAAAUUCCGAUACACGUGUGUCGGAAUACGUUCAAAUUAGCCAAUAAUUUAAUUUUUGACUCUAACAUAUUUUUCUA